UCACAUGAAAAGAUAAUCAAAUAUUUACAAAAAUGUGAGGGGUGUACUCACUUUUGUGAGAUACUGUAGGUUCUGUACUUAUACAUGAUUUUAGUCUGCAAAAAUGGUGCCCUUCGAAUGAAACAGUAAGGGGGCUUUUUUUUAAAUUACUUUUGGAUAACCUUUUGAAAUAAGUAUUAUUACUGGAUAUCCUAAACGUUGCACUUCCUAAGAACAUAUUAUGCCCAAGUAUCACCCACCUUCAGUGGUUGAUAUCUCAAUUGGAUACUGUGGAUUUGUACCUAAGACCUGCUGCUGUAAUCAUGAAGACCAUGAUGCUCUUACUGAACAUCCUUUCAUGCCCACUUUUUUUUGUAGAAGAGGAACGAUUAAUAAUCCCACUAUCCAGUGUUACCCAAAAGAUGAUGGGUUCCCUUUGAGUCUGCUCAAGGGUUCUUUCUCAUGUCGUCUCAGGAAGGUUUUCCUAGCCACUGUCGUGGCUUGCUCAUUAGGGAUGUAAUUAUAGGCUAAAUCCAGAGUCGUCUAGUGGGGUGAAAGGUGAUGACAAUUAUAGGGGCCCCCACUGCCCAGGUGCCCCACUAAAUCAGCAGUAUUUAUAUUACAGUAUUAGACAUAUUACAGUUACAGCUUGUAUGCCUGAGAGUUUAAUGAAAACCACAACAACUUCAUGAAAGAAGUUUUCCCAAAUAACAUAAACAUAAAUAAAAUAAAAAUACCCAUCUGUUGAAAAAAUACCCACUGGUCGCUGAUGUGAUAUAUUUUAAGAUAACAAUACUGUCAAGAAAAUGUGACUACAAUUCACUUCUCUUGGAUGGAUACAUUUAUUAGCUUUAUUUAAUAAAAUAUUAUGCAGAUGCGUAUUAUCUUCAUCAAAAAUGAAGACAAUGAGUAACUGCAAACACUUUUGAGGGAAAAAAAAGUUUUUACAAUAACAUUACCAUGAUAUGUUACAAGUAAAUAUACUGCGUCACAGUGAUAUGAUAUUAAUCUUUUAAAAUAAUAAUGUAGAUGUGGGCCUCCAUGGUCAUAUGUUAUACCGUAUAUGAUAUGAGUGGAGGACUGUGGGGUCCACGACCCCCUAGAUACAACUCUGGCUAAUUCUAUUACUUUGUAUCAAUGUCUAUUAUUAAAAACGCUAUAUAAAUACCAUUUAACUGAAUAAUCGAUGAUUCACAUCUAACCACCUGAUGUGUGAAUGAGUGUACGCUUUAACCUCCCCCGCCCCCCAUUUUUUUUUCUAGAAAAAGCACAUCCAGACCUCCUCCUCCUCCUCCUCCUCCAGCACAUCAUUGGUGCUUUUCUGCUUCUGAAUCUACUCCUUUGUGGCCCAGCUGGUUAGUCUUCAGCCUGUGAAGCCUGCAGGUUCAGAGGGCUCGGACUCCUCUGAAUGAUGACUGAUUCAGACACUUCAUCCUCAUCUGAUCCCUUGCUGCACAAACCCCACACUCCUCUCCCACUCUCUUUCCCUUUUCUGAGAGGGGGCAGUCAUGUUUGGGAGAGGAAACCGCCACAAGCCGGGGAGCCACAUAGUCCACUUCCUACCAAGCGCAAUCGCUCCUACUCUGCAACUGUGAGGUCCAGGUCUGGCCCAGUUUUCAAGGGAGUCUGCAAGAACUUCUCUAGAUCUCAGGGACAUGGUUUCAUCCGACCUACUCAUGGAGGCGAGGAUAUAUUUGUUCACAUCUCAGACAUUGAGGGUGAAUAUGUACCAGUGGAGGGGGAUGAGGUGACCUACAAAGUGUGUCCUGUUCCACCGAAGAAUCUGAAGUUCCAGGCUAUAGAGGUGGUAAUCACUAACCUUACACCAGGAACAAAGCAUGAGACAUGGUCUGGACAAGUUUUCAGCUCAUAGCUCAGACAUUACUCUUGCUAGAAUGAAUAACAGAAGUUUGGGCAGGACGCAUUCUGACAAGGAGAAGGGAAAUACAGUGUUACAAAAUAGCUGAAGGCAUUAAAUAUCUUUAUAUAUAUUUACUAACAUAAGCUUGAAAUGGUGUUAUGUGUAAGUAGGUUAUGGAUGGAUUUGGGGUCGUGUAACUUCUGGGUCUUUAGCUUGGCAAAUAUGUGCUAUAAACUAUUUGGAAGGUGGUGUAACUAACUGGAGUUAGAAGUUAGUUUGGCAGGACUGACUGAGCUUUUAAAAUAGCAGUAGAAGUUAUAUAAAAACAUAAAGUCUCCAUCUGGAUAGCAUUGACUUUGUCUGUCUGUCUGUCUGUCUGUCUGUAUUUAUUUAUUUAUUUAUUUAUUUAUUUAUAUUUUAGGGUGAAGUUGAUUUCAUUAUUUCGGUGCAUUGUUAUUACAUACUACUGAGACUACUGACAACCAAAAUGUUAGUGUCAUGUGGACGAACAGUGAUAAUUAUAUUCUUAAUAAUCAUAGAACAAAUGUUAAAUUUCUGUAAGUGGAAAUUUUAAUUACCUUACCUCACAGUUAGGGGUGGACAAAGUACUGAGAAAUUAUGCUUAAGUGACAGUAUAUAUAAUGUGUCAAAAUCUUACUCAAUUAAAAGUUGAACUAUUCUGCCAAAAAAUGCAAUCAAAUGAAAGUUAAAUAGUUGCUACUCAGGGCCAGGGGUGCGCAUGCUCAAGUAACACAGGGCAAAGGAUUAUCCAUAUUCAGACAUACAUGGUUAGCUAUAGCACUAACUACAUUGUGUAACACAAUAAGGUAGAGGUUUAUAACGUACUUUGUAGGUCUAAAUAAAAAUGUAUGGAGGAAAAAUUCCUUUUUUUUUAUUGGAAAUGUAAUCGGGUAAGAGUACAAGUAUUCAAUUUCAACAACAAUCAAGUAUAAAUACACCAAAAUAAUACUUAAGUAUAGUAAGAAAGUACAACUACUCAAAUAUUGUCUACCCUUGCUCAAAAUAGUGAAUUUUUUUUUAAGAACAUUGGAAAUGCUCACAAACCUCAUCCAUCUGAUAAUGGGCUGUUCAUUAGUGAAAAGCAUUUUGACAUUGCAUUGUCAGUGUCCUCACUGUAACAAACUGUGUGCAUUUUAAGAACAUUAAAUAAACAUUGGGUAUUUGACCAAAUACCCCACUCAAAUUCACUUCUUCCCCACCUUCAGUGUAACUGUAAUUUUAUUGUCUACAAUGUAAUAAAUGGUUGUUUGAAUUUACAGUUGUCUGACCAUACAUGAGUCUGAUCAUUCAGAUGCACUGAUGAACAUUUUCGAAUGGUCAAUCUUUUGCUCAGAUUUGUUCAUAUACAACUUCAUUGAAUAAGAACCAUUGUCUGUAAGUUUCUUAGCAGCGUACACUAACUUAAGUCAGUGGCUCUGAAUAUGACUAAUAAAUAUUUUGCUCAUGCUGA